AUGACUCGAAAUUUAGUGGAGGAAAGGAAGAUACUAUUGGGGUUCGAGAAACCUCUAAAUGUUCCACCAUUAACUGUGCGCAGGCGUUUAACCCCUUGCGCUGGGCAAUCGGACACGAUACGGAGGCGAUACGAAAGGAAGGCAAACACGAAGCUGCGGAAACGCGGCGAGGAAUGGCGGGACGCGGUGUACGUGGACGACGCGCCGAUAAACGGGCCGAAUCUCUACGUGAUUCUCAGUUGCUUCCACGAUCCUGACUUGCCCCAGCAGCUGAUAAACGUGGGCGUGCCACUGCGCUGCUUGAUGCAGAUCAAACGUCCCGGCGAGCGUCUCGUUCACGACGGUGAUGUCGAGACCAGGCCCGGGAAACUGUACUUCCUCGAGGAGUACAGCGCGCGUGUGCUCAAGCUGUACAAUUUUUGGACGAAGCUCGAGGAACGAUCGAGGGACCCCGUGGCGAAUCCGGAGCUCGGCGACGUCGGCUUCCUUGUGUUCUCGCCGCCGAGGUUCGACGAGGAAUCGUCGAAAGACGACGACGAAGCGCUGAAGAAAGACACGUACGACAGAGUGUCGUGCAUCCUGUACGAUUUCUACGACCUUUGCAGGCAGCACGGUAACUACUUGAAGAGCAUGAGAGUGGAGGUUGGCAUGGAAGCGGAUGGAAGAGCGAACACGCAGGUUUACGAGACGUUGUUGGAUGGGUUCCCUUCGGAGUGCGUCUCCGUGCCGCUGAUAUUGUUCGCGAUACUGACGCAAAUCGUGGCGAACGAAAGGGGAACUACAGCUACCGGGACAACAAGCGAGAACCAGCACGACGUAGAAACGGAAGCGAAAAGCGAAACGACGAAUAAAUCACCGGCCGUUCCUCUCGCUUUCGAGGAGAAGAUCAAGAGCCUGGAUAUUAAAUACAAUCUGGAGGACGAAGAACGCGACAUCGGCCACGACGGACAAACCGUCAGUGACAUUAAACUAAUUCUUCACGAGGACAGCCUGCUAGAGGCGAUUCGUCUUCUCGAUGACUCUGCGAUUCAACGGAUGAUCGCGAACCCGACAGAUUUGAUCGACAAUAUUCUGCCCAUCUUCCGACAACCGGUGAUCGCGAAUUUUUUCCAAAAGCAUAGUACAUCCGAGGGAAAAUCGAACGAGUACACCCGUCACAUCGAUAACAUCCGACGUUACUUUGACGAGGAGGUGAACGACGAAGAGGUCCGACAUCAUUUGCACGUGUUAAUGUUCGACGGAAUGAUGUCUCGAUUGAACGAGUUCGAAACGAUGGAGGCAGAAACGUCUGGGAUUAUUAAUGACGCGACGACGAAAGGGGAGAAGGUGUCUGUGCUGGAGUCACCAGAAUCCUUAGAGCGUAGCAAGUCUCUGUCGAGCUUCUCGACGAAGCGGAUGCGCGAGCUGCGUUUCCUCAGCGACGGGAACAUCGAUUACGGUAGAACGGUACCGGAGAUCGCCCGGUGCUCACCCCUGUUCGACCUGAUAGACCCGCGUGAAUUAUUGGCGCCCGGUUACUUGGCGCGGAACAUGUUCGAGGCGAGAGCGGCGGACAGAGCUCGACCGGAGGACUUCACCGACGUGCAGCUAAUGCCCGAAGCGAUUUUUCUGCAGCUUGUUCAUCGGUGUCUCACGGUGUUCGACCGUCUGGCUCCUCGAUACUUCGAGCCCACGGACUCGCUGUUACUCUGUUUCUACAACGAUCGGCGAGCCGGCCGCGUGCACGAGGAGGAACGAACGUCGAGCAUUCGGACGCCGGUCCGGCUACGCGAUUUCUGCGAAUACGUGGCCCCGGAGGAGAGGGACUGGCUACGCCGCGAGGAGGAACUCCACCGACUGCAGACGGCCAAGUCGGUGGAGAGAUUGAUGAGAAGAAGCUCCGAGAUAUACGAGGAGACGAUGCUGUUUUGCGACGAGGACUUUGUCCUGCCCGGGACGCUGAAGGCGAGAGAUUUGCAGGCCAGGCGGAAGGGUGAACUGCAAGAUGACGUAUCGUCCAAUACCCCGACAGAGAAGACGACCGAGGAAGGGAAGAAGAAGAAGAAGAAGAAGAGACCGUCUAAGGGAGGCAAAAAGAAGAACGACAAAUCGAGCAGUCCGAGAAAGUCGGUCGACGUCGAAACUUCUCCGUUGAUUACUGGAAAAGUGUCACCGGGCCCUCCUCCCGACCGGGCCGAGAGUGAACCAGUUUAUGAUUUCGUUGGUUACGAUCUCGGGAGACUUCGCGUACAAGUGACAAAUCGCAGGAGAACGUUUCGUUCGGCCGACGACACCCUGGUCCGAGUCGAAGUGGACGAUUGGCUUUACAAGGCCAAGCAUUUGAGAAUCACCGUCACCAUCCGCGGAAACAGUCUACGAUUAUCUCGUAGGAUCGACGCCCCCGAAACGGACGAAAUGUUCCAUUUGACGAGCAAGCUGGGAAUUAUUCUUGCUUUCCAGAAACUGUCGUCACCACAUGCAUCGACGAAUCGUUCUCACACGUGGCAAAACACGAUCGUGGAGCACAGAAUUUCUUGGCCUACGGGAUUACUGAUAGAAUCGGUGGUCGGUGACGGGCCAGACAAUCCGUAUUACAUUCGACAGUCCUACACACCGAGAGGUUACGUCAACUCCGAAAAUGAUCGUGAAAUUUGCAGAAAGUUUCUCAGAAACGGGACGGUUCUCAAGUAUUUACACGACGGCAGGGUGAUAGUUCUUCGUCCAAACGGGGUAGUCGUGACUUGCACCGCGUUUGAGAAGCUUGGAGUCAAGCGGGGAAGAAAUUACGACCACCAGGCCAAAGAUGGUUCAGGUGACAGACCGAAAGAGACGAAGGAGUCCAAAACGAGAAGAAAGCCAAUGAGUGACUUGAAAUCUUCGUUGUUCGAAACCGGCGAGGGAGAUCUCGCGUCCGCUCAGAAGAAUUUAACAACGAAUCUGGAUGUCCUGUCAGCGACGGACAACACGGUCAAAGUGUCACGGUAUACGGUCUUGAAUGACGAUGGCCGGGUGUACGAGGUGGUGGACGACUUGGUCGUAAGUGAACAUCAUCGAUUACUCGUGAGAACGGCGUCCGACUACGAGGUCGACGAGAAAUUCACGCGGCGGGCUGACGGCACCAACGUGUUGCUGAAUUCCAAUGGUGAAUUGAUCGUCAGAUUCCCAGACGGUACGCGUAUCACGACCGGCUACACCAUAGAAAAAGAACCAGUGACGUGUGACUGGACCGAGGAGGAGGUUCUCUUGUAUUUCGCCACCGACGAGCAACGCUGCGCGGAUCGUUCGUUAUCGAAUCCAGGAUACGUGGACGAGCCGCGUACGUCGCCGUCGUACGAGGAGGAGAAAAUAAACGAGCUAUUGAUCAGGGACAGCUUCGUCUCGGUGCUGUUGACGUGCCGCGCCGAGCACAAGAACUAUGCCGCCGUGUCGUACGAUCAGUCAGCAGUUAACUGCACUUUAUCAAUGCCCGACGAUCUUCGAGUCAGCAUAUCAAGGAGAGGUCAUUACGAAGUUUUGAUGGCGGACGGAGUUAAUCUAAAGUUAGUACGCGACGAUCCCCAAUCACGGUUCUCAGUGGACCAAGAGAAGAAACUCGUCCAAGAGAAAACGAAGAUGACAGUGUACGAUCGCCUGGAAGACAGUCUGCACGCUCUGUCGUUGGGCACGAGGAAGACGAUCGACGUGGAAACGUACAAGAUCGGUCUCGAGAGGCAGUGGCAGACGAAGAAGUCAAACGGUCUUCGAAAAUCGAUGAAACACGACGAAUUCCUCGGGCACAAGACACUGGAGACGGAGGAACUCGAGUGGUACAAACGAUGCAUGAAGGAGAAAUUCAUUCUACCGUAUUUUCAGAACAUCGCCGGCACGUGUUUCCUCUGGGUGAUAGAUUGCAUAAAUAACGCGUUGAACGUGCCUGUUAUUGAAUCCUCUGGCGAAAUCAGCGAUUGUUAAAUCUUUUAUAUUGCUGACAAAUGUGUGAUUAUUAACGAGUCGACGAUGAC